GCAAUCGCAGCGUUCGCAUCGUUUCCAAACAGUUAACCAGUAGUAAAUACAGCAGCAACAUGUCGUCCAGUGAGAUUUAUCGCUACUACUACAAGACUUCCGAGGACUUGCAAGGCUUCAAAACAGCCGCAACUGAGACCUACUUCAAUCCCAUGGCAGCCUACAAUCCCGGUGUGACGCACUACCAGUUCAAUGGCAACACCUUGGCCAGCAGCAGCAACUACUUGUCGGCCAAUGGCUUCAUCAGCUUCGAGCAGGCCAGCUCCGAUGGCUGGAUCUCCUCCUCGCCGGCCAGUCAUCGUUCCGAGAGUCCCGAGUAUGUGGAUCUCAAUACCAUGUACAAUAAUGUCGGCUGCAACAUGGCCCAGAGCCAGCAGCAAUACGGAAUGGUUAUGGAGCAGGCGAUGGUGCCAGCAGCAGUUCCAGCAAUUCCGGUGGCCUCUCCCCCAGCAGCGGAGGUCAUGGGCUCCUCCAAUGUGGGCACCUGCAAGACAGUGCCUGCUCCGGCAGCCACGAAACCCAAGCGCAGCUACACCAGGAAGAGUCAGUCGACUGCCAGUUCAUUAGCCACCUCGCAACCCCAGGAGUCAGCAGCUCCAGCAGUGAAUCUCUACACCGAAGAGUUCCAGAACUUUGACUUUGACAACUCCGCCCUGUUCGACGACAGCGUGGAGGACGAUGACGAUCUCAUGCUCUUCAGUGGCGGCGAGGAUUUCGAGGGCAACGACGGGUCCUUCGACCUGGCCGAUGGUGAGAACCAGGAUGCCUCUGCCGGAGGAGCUGGUGGCAAGAAGAGGCGUGGCAAGCAGAUCACGCCCGUGGUGAAGAGGAAGCGUCGAUUGGCCGCCAAUGCCCGCGAACGUCGUCGGAUGCAGAACCUCAACCAGGCCUUCGACCGCCUGCGGCAGUAUCUUCCCUGCCUGGGAAACGACCGCCAGUUGUCCAAGCACGAGACCCUCCAAAUGGCCCAGACCUACAUCUCCGCUCUGGGGGAUCUGCUGCGCUAGACAUCCCACCGAUCCUCAUUCUCAUCCAUUCUCAGUUAUUGUUGGAGCUUGCCAAAUGUUGUACCUACUCUGUUUAUGUAUAUAGCCAGGAGCCCAGUAGUGAAUUACCGCUUAAGUAUUAUGCUGUUUAUUGUUUAGUUAAUUAGCCUAAAUGGAAGACAAUGAUUAAGACUAAGGAAG